AAGAAGGAGGAGGAGGAGAAGGAGGGGGGAGCAAAUUAAAAGUUGCCAAAUGGAGAUAUUGGGUUUCAAGAAGAGUGAGACAGGAGUAAGGGUUUGCCUUCUUUCAGUCGUCUUUAUGUUAUGCUAAUCGAAAUAAAUAUUUAYGUCUCGACGCUGUUUAGUCCGUUAGCCGUGUCAACGAAUUCUGUCCGACGAUUCUAAAUAGGCGACAACGGAGCUAACCUAGAACAGGCCGAUGUUUACCAGUAAAAAAAAUAAUCGGUCAAAUAAGUAGCCCCAAGAGCUGCUUGAUGGAAGACUCCGCGCUCUAGUAAAUUCCACGAUUGAAAUACGUCUGUUCAGCAAAUCGAGAGAAAUGUGACGUUUUGCAUGCUGGCAGAUGAGCUAAAUACCGUAGAAGACAAGUGGUAGCCUUAGUCUACCCCAACAGAGAAAGAGCACGUCAGCUAGAGGCUGGAAGGACAGGCUUUUUGUGCUCGAAUGCGAUUCAUUGCCCGUCGAUUCAGUCUAUUUUUGGACAUAAAAAUAGCAAGCUGUACAUUAACUGGCUUUCUUAACGACGCCAAAGAUUGAGCGCUGUGCCACGACUGUCGUUAGCUAGCGGUUCGACUCAGCACAAUGCUAAGAUUUGGGAGGGUGUUAUUGCGAUGUCGAAAUUCAAUUGGAGCAAAAUGUUUCGACUAUUCUUCGGAUGAGCUGGUUUAGCUAUCUCUUCUUAUACGCCUACUCCGACCACUGGGCGAGUUGUAGGGGGGGAGAGGAAAUGCUAUAUUUUGUGUUUCUUUUGCAUUUAUUGGCCAGCUAGCUGACAACGUUCUAGCUAGCCGCUUGUUUUCCCACAUUCGGUCAAAUUUAUCUAGUCAAAUCUUUGAUAUUUCAAAGCCAAAUGACAGGGCUUUUUGUCACURCGUGUGAAUUUGGACAGUUAACGUUAUUUGACACGUACAAAUGCAAUGUUUAGUGGUGCUAACUCGCCACUAUUGCAUAAAAUAACCAGUGAAAUGGGCAGAGGGACAUUUAUAAAGCUAGCUAAGGUUAGCUAGUCGCGUAGCCAACGUAUAUACUACGACGCCAUCAGAUUAUUUUCAACUAGCGUUUCGUUAACUAACAAGACUUGAAGGGACCAUCCAAGAGCGCGUGUAUCGGUUUAAUUUGUGAAGUAAAAUGUAUUGUUUUGUUUCCUUUUUGGGGUGUGGAAAACUGCAUAUAAAGUGCCACGCUUAUCUGCGUAUGCCACAYGUCUGGUUAAAAUACAACUAGUUUCGCAAUUUCAAAACGGCCAGUUAGAUCUGAUUAACCAUAGUCGUGUAAUUCCCUACAUUGAACUACUCAAUUGUAGCURAGACUUUGUCGCAUUGCUUUGAGUCUCAUCAGGCUUUUCUUUCUCAAAUAAAGAUGGUGGCGGAGUCGCCAUUUUGUUUCAGACYUGCUACAUUUUUCCAGACUGACACGGGAGUACGAGGCUACAAUCACUGAUUUGACACAAUGUAUCAGAUUUGUAAUUCGACAUGACGUCGAAUGAACGAUACAAAUAAGUAAAAAAAGAAGUCUAUAAUUGGGACACAUCACAGUAUAUUAGGCCCCCUACACUGGCAAUCCAUUUUUCAAAGCCCCACCUUGUUUAACCCUGGCAUUGCAGCUCUAUGAAUUAACCAAAUAACAGUUUCGCCCUUGAGAAUAGUAUGAUACUAUUGCUAUUCACUGUUCUAUGGCCCCUUCCGCCAUGUUACAAGGUCAACAUCAUAGGAGUUAGUUAUGUGGAAUGUUGGCUAUAGAACAAAUUUAAAUGCUUUCUAAACGUUCAACUCCCAGACAACCUUGAAAUUGAACAGGGUGGAGUUAUUUACACCGAUGGCCAUCUUCAUUCUAUGGGAGGUGACAGGAGAGACGACCAAUGUGCAGGAGAAGGGUAGGGUUCGGGAGCGUCACUCGCGGUCUGCUGUAGAGCAUGGUGCUUGCAACGCCAGAAUAGUGGGUUGUAUGCAUACGACUGUAAAUCGCUUUGGAUAAGAGCGUCUGCUAUAAUGUCAUAUAUUAUUACUCUCAGGGAAUCUGGAUACUAGGUGGAGGGAUAGGGGCAAUACUGUACGUACUGUUCUCUUAACCUCGCUCUCUCUUUCCUGUAUCUCUCACCCUGCUCCCUUCCACUCCAGCACAGAAAAUAAAGGGUGGUUAAUUAAUGAUUCCAUGCUCGCUGUCAGAAAGCUCUCUCCUCUCACCUCGUCCCUCUCUGCUUUCACCUCUCCUCUCCCAGGUGUCAUGGAUGAUGAGGACGAUCGCCGUCUUCUGGAUAUUAUAGGCUCCCUCCCUCUCUCCUUCAGAGAUGUGCAGGCAUUGAAUGACUACCUCCACGGCUCCACCAACAAGUCUAUUGAGGAGGAUGAUGUGACGAACGCAGCGUACGGCUCUGCUGGAACCUUCUUCACUAGUAACACUGCUGGCUCUAACUCCGGCCUCAAAGAUAGCGAGUUUGAGGAUUCAGCGGGGGCUGGCCUCCAGCUUUCCAGCAGCCUAUCGUUCAUCGAGGAUGAGCUGGGGGGAGGAGCCUCUCCAGGAGGAAUGGAUCUUGGAGGAGGAGAGGAUCAGCACUUUGACAUCCUGCAGAAGUCUCUCAUGGAGGCAGACAUCACUGAACAGACUCUGGAACAGGAGGCCAUGCUAGACUCCCAACCACCUCCCCCUCCGGCCCCCUCCCCAUUCCCCGCCCAGCUGGUCUCGGGGGGGUACAGCGGCGGGGUCACCACGGCGACAGCAGCGUUUCCCAGUGGUCAGUUCCUCCAGGGCGUAUCCCAGGUGUCCCAGCUGCCCAACGGCCAGGCAGGGGGGCACAUCCAGGUGUUGGGGUCCUUCGGAGGUGGUGGUGUCCAACAGAUCCUCCUCCGGCAGGGUGGGGAGAUUGGGGGGGUGAUGGGGGGAGUAGCAGCAGGGGGGCAGGUGUUCGCCGCCUCCUCCCAAACGGGCCAGGUGAACCAGGUGGGCUUGCCCUUUAAAAAUAUCCCCCUGCAGAACAUCAUCAUCCAGAGAGGACCAGGGGGCACCCAGGCCCUGGUCAGACCUAUCCAGCCAAAACCCCUUCAAGCUGGGGCUCAGACAGUCUACAGCCUGGGACUCCAGACCACAACCACCACCAUGGUUAAUACUGCGGCCCAGGGACACUACACAGCUAACGGCUCCAUCCUGGUCCACUCUCCACUGGGGCAGCAGAACCAGGGACAACAAGCCCAGGCCAACCUGGCCCCAGGGCAGUACCUGGUCCACCACAAUGGCUCCUCAGACCCWUCCCAAUCAACCAUGGUAGCCAAUCAGAACACAGUGCAGCUUGUCACCGGGCAGAACUUCACGGCGACGGCGGGUGGUCAGCUGAUCCAGGUGGGAGGCAGUCAGGUGGGAUUAGGAGGAGCCAUGACCCAAAAAUGGCAKACUUUUCCUGGUACUAGCCCUGCCCCCAUCCAGGCGGCAUCAAAUCAGGGGUGUCUGACGCUGGUUGGCACAGCGACCACAGGGGUUCGGGGUCAGGUGUCGUGCAGCCCAGUGCAGCGCCUCGUAGUGACUCAGAACAGCAGCUCCCUCUCCCCCAUGUCUCUCUCUGGUACUGGUACUGCCACACAGGACGAGGAAUACUCACAGGCUCAGACACAGCUUGUCAACCUCCUUGGAAACAAAGCUGUGAAAACAAUGACCUCCAUGAGCCAAGACUCCCUGCUAAACACACAGGUCAGCGCUCAGAAGAGGCCGGCCCCUCAGCAGCUCACCAGAGGAGCAAUGAUGCUACAUCAGUUGACGAUGGAUCGUUCAGGGGUUCUGUCACCUGACAUCACCCGCUUCACCUCAUUGGAUGACGCACUGCACAGACUCCUCCCCUACCACAUGUUCCACGGUGCUCCGCCCAACAAGGAAGAGUUUUCUCAAGUGGAUGAUGAGUUUGAGACAAUGGCGACUCAGGUGUUGAAGAGAACCCAGGUUAUGAUCAACAAAUACAGACGACUGCUGAUGGUGGAGGCUGAGCGCUCCAGUCCCUCCUCAGAGAUGGUGAUGAUUGACAGGACCUUUAACCAAGAGGAACGCCAGAACCUGACACAGGACAAACGUAUGAUACUGGUUGACCCAGAUGGCUUCUUGGAAGAUUUCUGUUGUGCGGUGAAGCCGUCUCCCCUCUCUCCCCCCUGCCUCCCCUUGGACCCUCUCUCCUCCCCCUCGUCCAGCCAUGGCCAUAGACAGUCAGUGAGGGGGGUGACCACAGACCCCCCUUACAGGACAGACCCCCAGUCAGGCUAUGGAGACCCGGGGGGAGGUAGUGGGGGAGGAGGAAUAGACUCUUAUAAGAGUAUCAUUGACCUGAAGAGGACUCAACAUAGCAACUAUGGAAACAAAGCUGCUUGUAGCAACAACAACAACAACAGCAACUAUCACCUUGGAAACGUGGCUGCUACGGCCACAGCGGCAGUGUCGACAGGGACGGAACAGACUCAGCACCUGUCUCACCUGUCCUCUCACCCCCAGGCCCCCCUACCCCUCCCUCCCACCCCGCCCGACACAGACUCGGUUCUAGAGGCAGCCGUCAACAGCAUUCUAGAAUGUUAGACAGACAGAUUUGACAGACGGACGUGCCACCAUUCUAUCUCUCCAUCUCUCUCAUCCUCCCAUCCUUUGCCCCGCCGGCUCAUUCUUGGGGCUACAUGUUUGUUAUUGUUUAUUUUCUUAUUUUACUCUCCCAUUGUCAGUCCUUUUCAACCAGCUCUGAGUUAGUUACAGCCAUAGAAAUAUAAUCUAGAUUGUAUUUCUAUGGUUACAGUAUUAUGUUUACUGUAGGACAGCCAGGGGUCAUGAUCUUUGUGACAUCAUAUCCUGUUGGGUGUGAGUGGGGAGAGGAUGCAAAGAUUGUCUAUUAUAUUGACAAAAUAGUCGAUUGACUGCUCUAACAAUGGAAAUACAUGUCCUCUAAGAUGGAAGGCAGGUGGGAGGUGGCGAGAUCAGGUAGGACUAUUUUAGCCAAUGAGAGGGCAGAUACGUGUGUGAUUAACAGGCUAUAGAGAUAGAUGGACGAMUCAUCUCUGUAUCUGUGCCAUCAUAGCGUCUGUGACAGCAUGGGCAGCACCAUUGAGGCUAUUUCCAUUUUAAAGUAGUACAUUUUCUUCUUCAUUGGCCGAUUGCUUCCAACUCAAUAGGAAUCCCCACCGAGUUGGCUACUUUAAAUUGGUGGAAGCCCCAAUGGCCACUUUAAAACAAGUUAUAUCCACGAUGAGUCCUCUAUAUACAGUAUCUCUAUGACAACAGGUACAACUCAGAUAUUAAUGCCACGUGUGUCCACUUAUAUCAGUGCAUUUUUAACAACCGAACCGUUGCAAAACUUCUAUUUGAUCAAAUAAGCCUCAUGUAGCAAAUGAGCAAGUACAUUUUUUGUUGACCAAAUUCGACACCCUCUCUCAUUGACCUCUAUACAAAAAUUCCUGAACCCCAAUGUUAGGCUACGUCCCACAAUGCYGAAGUUCAGGGAGGAGGAAGAUGAUGAUUCUGUGCCUGAGAAAUUCUACGUUGUCCUUGAAAUGUUUACAUGAAGAAGCCUUGUAAGAAAUGUCCUUUUUAGACCUGACAUUACACACCUACACAUAAAAUACAGUAGUAAUUGAUGGUUUGGAAAACUACAACAAAUAUAGSUAUUUUUGUGUUUUCUACUUCAGUCUUCAUGGUAAAGUCAAGCCAGAGAGACUCACUCACACUCUGUGUCUAUAUAACGACUAAACAAGCAGCUUUUGGUUUUCUGUCAGUUUUGUCAUUUUCUUAUUUGGCAUUUUUCUUUUGUACCUUAAAGGUAUGUGACGCCCCUCUGCACUCACACACAUUCACUCUCGUCAGAGUGUAUUGGUGUUGGGGGGAGCUAACUCCUCAGAUUGAGGGAGAAAUGUUUCGACGUGUUUAUCUUUUUGUUUCAUUUUUUAUAAAUCACUAUUUGUGUUGUUAGGGAUGUGUGUCCCAGUGCAACCACUGUAACCGUCGUGAGAUUUAAUGACCCUGGAAGGUCAUGGGUUGUAUGUGUAUGUCUCUGCGUACGUACGCUGGACGAAUGUUACUCAUUACUUCGCCCACUUAACUUUCCUCUCCUCCAUUCUAUGGAUCACUUCACUCAAUCCUCCUGUCCCUCCCAACAAUUAUACCCCAAUCAACAGGAGAGAGAGGGGAGUGUCUAUGCUCAUAAAUUGACCGAAUGGACAGACUGAAGGCUUUAGAGAGAGAACACAGCUGUCUGUUUUACAGUUUGUCUCGUCAACCCUCUGUAUUUCAGCCCUGGUCCUGACCACCCCCAUGUCUCAAAUUACACCCUAUGCCUGUKAUAGUGCACUACUUUUGACAAGCUUAUGUGGCGUGGAGCAAAAGUAGUGUAGUUGAUGGCGAACAGUCGUUUCACACAGGAGUGCCUAAGGUUGAUAUACUAGGCUCUUUCUGCCAAGGAGUGACACAUUUUUACUUCAUUACCCCCAUUUUCACUGUUUACUUUUGUUUGUCUCACUCUGUACAUGAUUUGUAUAGUUUUUAUAUAUAUAUCUAUAUAUAUAUAUAAAAAUGAAACAAUAUUUAUACUUUUUUGUAAAGAAAAAGAAUGUAAAAGUUUUUUUUUUGUAUUCUGUUGGCUAUGAAGUGUUCCAAGAGAAAUCGUUACAAAUACUGUCAGUUGUUCAUUUUUAGUUUGUGUUCACUACAACAGAAAGAGAAAAGUCAACAAUAAAUUCAUUUUGAAUACAAUCAUAAA